AUGCAAAUUCCAAGUCAAUUACUAAAAGUAAAAAACCUUCACCAUUCUGUCCCUUUCUGUUCUGAAACUGCCAGACAUUGGCCUCAACAGUGCAACUCUGUGACAGAUAUAGACACACGAAUACAGAAAUUAAAAGCUACGAAUAGAUUUUUUUUGUGCACUGGACGAGGACACACAAAACAGAGCUGUGCUCGUGAGGAAAAGGCUUGUUGUGUGAAUUGCUGGAAAAAGCAUCAUGUUUCAAUUUGUAAGAACAGUGUUGAUCACCCAGGUACAACGUCUACUCAUAAGAUCGAUAUUGCUGCACGCUACGCUGUGCAUUUGCAAACUGCAAGAGUUUUUAUAACAGGCCUGACUGGUACUACAAGACUGACCCGUUGUCUUCUGGAUGGAGGUAGCCAGUCUAGUUUCAUUCAUAAUGAUCUUGUUGAUAGUUUGAAAUUAGAAGUUAUUUCUGCAAAAUCAUUGGAAGUGCAUGGAUUUGAAUCUACAGCGAAUGUUCCCCACAUGAAACGAAAAGUAAUGUUUAAACUAUCAAGCAUUUGGAAUCAGUCUUCAGUUAAUAUUGAAGCAUUUGAAAGUUCCAAUGAAUGCGCGUCACAUCCAUCUGUUCCAACUGAUGUUUCACGGCUCUCAUUCCAGAAAAAAAAGAAACUGGCUGACCCUUACGAUAACUUACAAAAUCUGCCUAUGCAAGUUUUGAUUGGUGCUGAUUUCUACUGGCAAGUAUUGAACCCUGAAGCACCGGUUGUGCUGUCAGAAUCGCUUGCAUUGGUUCCGUCACAUUUUGGGUGGAUUCUGAGUGGGCCUCGAUCAUGCACAACAGUUUCCACGUUAGCUACUGUAAAUUACCUCAACACAUUAAUUCAACAAGAACUUAUCAAUGAAAGUGUACGUUGCUUCUGGGACUUGGAAACAAUUCGAAUUAUCACUUCCUAGGAGAGAGAAAUGUCUAAACAUGAUUCGACUGUUUUGAAGAACUUUCGUGACUCAUUUAAAUUACAGUGACAUCUCACUUAUGCACCACCUCUUUUAUGCACCUUUUUCAUUUAUACGACGAUUUUUAUAGGUCCCAGUACAUUAGAUAGGAAAAUAAUGAUAAACAUCCUUCGUUUAUGCGUCGCUCUAAAAGUCAAUUUUUCAAUUAUGCGCCGAAAUUUUAGGCUAACAUUUUAAUUUUUUAAUUCUUUAAAUAUUUUUUCUUUUUUAAAAAAAUGUUUUAAAUUAAAA